AGUACACCAGCAAAGUGUCAUGGGUGCCAGCAUUAUUGUACAUGAGAUAUUGAUUUAAAUCUUGAGUAAAUUAAGAAAUUAAAAAAUGAACAAGUUCUACAAAUGGUGUUCAAUGCCAGAUAGAGAAAUUUUACAUUGUGGAAGACUGCAGUCAGAAUUUUUUUACUUAUAAACCCUUCAAAUUCUGGUUGAAGUUAUGGAAAGUGAUGACUAAUGAGCAUCUGGCCUGCAGGCUGCUCUGCGUCUUCUCUCAAUCUUUGUCGGCAGUUGUUUGGUCUAUCUUGAUUUACCUCAUCAUUUUUUGUCUUCAGAUGCUAGAAUACUUAUUAUUGAGGUUAGAAAAAUUUUGUUCUACCUGCAGUAGUACCAGUAACUGAUCAUCAGGUCAAUGAAGACCAACAAAUCAGCUGUCAGUAAGGAUACUGUCCCUCCUCUUGAAAUGUCAUCUGAUAACAUUAAAAAAGAGAAUGCAUCCAAGGAAGAUGAUGUGACUGUAAAGGAAGAACAAAUUUUCAUUAAGGAUGAGGAGGAACUUCACUUCCAAACAAGCAGUGCCCAGCAAGGGUGCGGCUCUCAGGACAUAACUGCUCAGCAUGAAAAACAGGAUGGCUUGCAGUGCCAGGCUCCUCUCAAUGCCAUCAAAGAAGAACAGAUGGCUGAACCUUUUGGGAGUAUACAUGCUGGAAUUUCUGCAGAAGAGCAAAAUUUUUCUUCAGAUCACAGAGAAGAUUUUGAAAGACACAUGAAUCCUUCUUUGGUUUGCGGCUCUUGGCGAGAUCAUUCAGACGAAGAUGAUUCUUGUUCAUCAAGUAGCAACUGGAGUCGCGAUGUUUUGGAGGAUUUUUUGUCUGUAAGUUCUGGGAGUAAUUCGUCAACGUAUGCUGGAAGCGAGGAGGAAGAUAGUGAAUCUGAAAUGGAUAACUCUGAACUCCAUGUAGAUCGUUCGUGGGCUCCGAUUGUGGCUUCACAGCGAUCUUUCAGAUUCACAGGCCAAGAGGAGCUUCUGAAGAAACCAACGCCAAGUGGGGAGAAUAAUACGGUGUUGCCUUUGGAUUUAUAUGUUCUCUUUGUUACGGAUGAAGUUAUUGAUUAUAUUGUUAAUGGUACCAAUAGAAAUGCAACUAAAAUUCUUCAGUCAAAAGCUAUGAAAAGGAAGGCGAGGUUAGCCAAAUGGAAACCAACAUAUGCAGAAGAAAUGAGAAAGUUUCUUGGGAUUGUUAUGUGCAUGGGCCUAGUUCGAGUCCCAAAAAUUGAACACUACUGGUCUAAAAGUGAGAUAUAUAAUUAUUCCUUCAUUCGAAACCACAUGUCCAGAGACAGAUUCAUGUUGUUACUGAAUAUGCUUCACUGUAAUGACAGCAAAGUGAUAGAUCGGCAAAACAAGUUGCGGAAAAUCCAGCCUCUAGUUGACACCGUUGCUGAGGCCUGCAGGUCAGUGUACACGCCAGGGUCGAAUGUUGUCAUAGAUGAGUCGUUCAUUCCCUUCAGAGGAAGAGGAAUCAGAGGAGAAUACAACCCUGCAAAGGCCCAUAAAUAUGGAUUGAAGAUUUAUAAGCUAUGCUCACCCAACUUGUACACUUUGAAUUUUCUUGUAUGUUCUGGCAACUUGUCCAAAGAACCCACAGUUCAGCGUUCGGAGUCUGUUGUUCUGCAGCUUUCAAGGCCUCUUGUUCAGCAGGGAUCAACUAUCUAUGCGGGUAGUUCAUAUUCUUCCGUGCCCUUGGCCGAAAAACUCUUACAGGCAAAAAUUUACUACUGUGGAACUGUGCGGAAAAACCAAGAAGCUUUGCCCCAGGCCAUCACAAAGGCCAAGCUAAAGAAAGGAGAAAUCGUAGGCUUGAUGAACGACAAAGGAGUGAAAGUUUGCUCCUGGAAAAAUAAAUGUAACAUUCUAACGUUAUCUACUGUGCCCGAACAUUCAGACAAUCUUCAGCCCUCUAAGAAAAAGAACCGAAGUGGAGUUGAAAUACUCAAGCCACAAAGUAUUCUUGACUACAGUGCUGCUGCAUUGGCUAUUCGUAAACCAGAUGAGUUGACAUCGUGCAAUUCUGCGAUCAGAAGCAGCACGAAGUGGUACCGUAAAUUGGCCAUCGAGGUGUUAACAGGAAUAGCUGUAAUAAAUGCCUGGGCACUCUACAAUCAGUUUUAUAGCCAUCAGAAGACAAUGGAACUGAUCGAAUUCAAAGAGUGCCUAGUCAUGUCUCUCAUUACUGGGAAAAACAAUGAAAAAAUACGUCCAGGACCAAGGCCUUCAAAUAUUGGAGGCCAGCGUUCCAGCCAUGCAUUAGUGGAGCCGACUGGAACAGUUCGCAAGACAAGGAAGCGUUGCCGGUCCUGCUAUGAAAUUACCGCUAAGUGUGAAGGAAGCGCAGCUGCGAGACGAAAAGCAAGGAAAGUGGCGACCUUUUGUGAUACUUGUGAAGGAAACCCACACCUUUGCGUAUCUUGCUUCUCCUUGAGGCAUUCAUCUCGAGUAUAAGUGUGCUUUCCAAUACCCACUUUUUUAUUGUGUUUUAUUUUCUGUGUUUAUUCGUAUUUCGUCCUGAAAUACAAUUCUCAGCCUUGGAAUAUCUUGAUUUAUGUUAUUGUUAUUUAUAAAAAAAUCACAUUCAUUUUUACAUGAAUACAUGUUGAGUAACUCAUCGUGAUUUGUACUAUACUACUAAUAUUCCUCUGAUGAGAUUUUUGAAUAAAAAUUAUCAUUUACUUACUGAAAUUUUUUUCUCCUCUACUCCAUCAAGCGAUCAUGAAAUAAUGUGAAUGAUGAAACCCCGUUUCACGUUUAGCACGAUUUUGUUUUAGGCUAUGGGUGGCAAAUUACGGACCAGGCAAUAAG